GUAAAUAUGCCGGAUGCAGAACACUCGUGCGACCAUUUUUGUUGCUGCAACACAGGAGCAUUUUCAGUCCGAGCUGAAAUUCAAUGGAAAAAUCAGUGUUUGGUCUUGUUGUUUUCACUUUUCUUUCCCCCAUUCACGCGGCAUCUGAUUUGUCGAAAUGUGCGAAUAAAAUCGAUUGCAACAUUGUUCGUCUGCAGCAGUACUUUUGUAUUGCGCGGUGCAUUAGUUUCGUAAGGGAUGAGGCACCGUCUGCAUUGACUAACAAUGGUACUUGCCCUGCUGUCAAUUGGUGGUGGCGACCGACGACUACGACCACAACUGCACCUACCACUAUUCCCGUAGCUACUGGUCCAUGUGUGAACAUAAAGGCUGGAUUUGAGAAGUGCUGCAGAAAAUCGCCCUACGAUGAUUUGUUUCCUGAUGAAGAUAGCGACUGCACGAACGAUGAUUUAAUCACUUCGAGAGAGUACAGAAAUUUGAGAAAAGAUUCAGAGCUCUUUUCCUUCGUAUCUCCAACGGGAGAUCUCCAACUGGAUAAAGUGGCGGAUAGUGCAUACUUCUUUUACGACUGCAUGUUUAAAGUCAAGAAACUGUAUGACGAUGGAGAGUUAAACGCCAAAAGGAUUGCUAGCUACCUAAAAAAGAAUGCUGAUGAUUCAAGCGCUGAUACUAUUGACGAUCAAGUACCGCAAUGUAUUAAGUUAACUAAAAGAAUUCCACAGUUUGAUGAGAAAUACAAGAUAUUCACUAACAGCAGCAAAAAUGUGCGAGUUUAUCAGUCACCAUAUGUAUUCAAUGUGUGCAUUAGGCGAGCGCUUUUUGCUCAAUGCACACCAUCAAAAAGUGAUGAUUGCACUGGCGUCAAAGACAACAUCAACAAUUGCGUGAUCACAAUUCCUAAAAGUUAAUUUACUUUACGUAUAUAUUGGCACAUUCCAAAAGAAAACCUCAUAAGGCGAGAAAACUAUAAAAUACGUUUUAC